GAUAGAGAGAGAAAGGAGAGACAGGCAUGGAAGGGCAAAAGAGGAGAGGAGGAGGAGAGGAGGAUAUGUCCCAUGUGAUUCAUAAGGUGCCGGCUGGAGAUAGCCCUUAUGGUCGAGCCAAGCACCUUCAGCUUGUGGAGAAGGAUCCAGAAAUGGCGAUCGUAUGGUUUUGGAAGGCGAUAAAUGCUGGGGACCGGGUGGACAGUGCACUGAAGGACAUGGCAGUGGUGAUGAAGCAGCAGGACCGCGCAGAGGAAGCUGUCGAAGCCAUCAAAUCUUUCAGGCACCUGUGCUCCAAGCAAGCACAGGUAUCCUUGGACAAUCUCCUCAUUGACCUUUACAAGAAAUGUGGAAGGAUAGAGGAGCAGAUAGAGCUUCUAAAGCAAAAGCUGCGGAUGAUAACCCUUGGUGAAGCCUUCAAUGGGAAGACCACCAAGACAGCACGCUCCCAUGGAAAAAAGUUUCAGAUCUCGAUCCAGCAAGAAACUUCGCGCAUUCUGAGCAAUCUAGCUUGGGCCUACAUGCAGCAAAACAACUAUGAUGCAGCUGAGAUAGUAUAUCGCAAAGCUCAAACGAUCGAGCCUGAUGCGAACAAGGCCUGCAAUCUUGGCCUCUGCCUCAUAAAGAAAGGAAGGUUCGACGAGGCCCGGGCGGUGCUCGAGGAAGUCCUGCACCGUACAUACCCUAGCUCGGUUGACGGCAAGAUAAUUAGCCGGGCGGAAGAGUUGCUGCGUGAGAUCGAACUGCAGCCGGCUGUUUGUCCAUUGGAGGUGGGCUCGAGCAUCAAAGAGGAGAUCAUGGAGAGAUUGGAUCUCGUGAUGAACGAGUGGGCCCCGUUCAGAUCCAAGAGGUUACCAAUAUUUGAGGAGAUUUCCCCCUAGACAGACCAGAUACUUGUUCAUUCUUUUAGCUAGGAUCUGUUUUUGCCAUGUUAGGAUGGAAAAUGUGUACAUAUUUAUAUAGUCUGGUGGGAGGAUGUAUGGAGGGCGGUGGAUUGUGUACGAGACAGAAAAUUUCAUCACUGGUUUUAACAUUAGGUUUGUUAAUGUCGAAUAAAAC